CCCGCUAGGGGACAGGAGACAAGGCGCAUGCGCCGCUGCUUGCUGCUGGGCGAGCUGCGCACGCUCUGGCCGGGUGCCGUAAUGGCGCAUGCGCGGCAGCCGGCAGCCAGUCAGGCAGCCCCACGCCAGGGCUGAGGGGACGGCGCGAGGCGCCAUCUCGGGCGCGGCGGGAGGCGCGGCGAUGAGCGACAAGAAGUCCAAGAAGGCGAAGCACAUCUCGGCGCAGAACCGCGUGCGGCAGUUCCCCGCGGGCACGCUGCACGCGCACAGCGGCUUCCUCUUCUGUUCCGCCUGCAACGUGACGCUGGACAUGCAGCGCAAGAACAGCAUCGACCGGCACCUGGAGUCCGGGCGGCGCGGCUGCGCCGCCGACGCCCAGGCCAAGGCCGAGGCAAGAAGCAGGCGACGGCGGCGCUGGUGCUGCGGCGGGGCGCGGAGUGGCGGGAGGCCGCCCUGGCGUUCGUGGAGGCCUUCACAGCCGCCAACAUCCCGCUGGAGAAGCUGGACCACCCGCGCCUGCGGGACUACCUGCCUGGCACCGGCGGCCUGCCAUGUGCCGCCCGCCUGCGCCAAGACUACCUGCCCGGCAUGCUGGCCUCGCGCGCCCCGUCCCCAUGGGCACUGCCACCCGGUGAGGCCGUGGCCGUGGUGGUGGCCGAGGCCACGGAUGCGCAUGGGCACUGUGUGCUGCGCCUGCUGUUCGUGCCGAGUGGCUGGGCACCACACGGCCCGUCUGUGUUCGAGGCCGAGCCGGUGCCGCUCGCAUCCCUCAGCUCCACCGUGGUGGCCCAAGCCGUGGUGAAGGCAGUCAUCACCCACGGCGUGGACUUCAACAGGGUGUCAGCGUUCCUGUCAGGCCACGCUGUGUACAUGUGCCGAGCCUUCUCUGACGUGCUGCAGGGGAUGAUGCCUGGCGCGGUGCAUGUCACUUGCAAUGCACACAUCCUCUCUUUGGUCAGCGACAUCUGGCGCAUGCACUUCCCAGAUGUGGACACCCUGGUUUCCUCCCUGAAAAAAGCCUUCGAGCACUGUCCGGGCCGCAAGCUUCGGUACGGGGAGUUUGUGGCCAAUCAGAGCGGGGAGCUGCAGGCAGCAGUGCCGCUCACAGUCGAGCCAGCCCCUGUGAAGUGUAACUCGUGGUUUGAUGCGGUUUGUUACCACGCCAAGAACAUUCAGCACUACCAGCAAUUUGUGAGACAGGAGCUGGAAAUCACGCCUGGCACGCAGUACAUGCUGAAGCUGCACGAGCUCCUAAAGCAAGGCGACAUUGGUGACAAAGUUGAGUUUGUGGCUGAAAAUGUGACCCCAUUCAGGGAGCUGCUCACGUGGUUUGAAGGGCGACAGGUUUUGAAUCACAACAUGCACAACAAACUGAUGGAUUUGAUAAGCUGGGUGGAAGACAUGGCCUCACAGCAGCUUUCAGACUGUCCCACAGAAAACCAGCGCAGGCAGGAUGUGUUCCAGGCCAUCGCUGCCAAGCUGAAACAGUUCUACAAGUAUGAUCCGUCGCUGCCGCCUCGGUUUAAACAACCGGCUGCUGCCUUUUUUAGUGCUGUUCGCAUUUUUGACCCGAAUCAGGUGCCUUUUCUGACUGUUAACCCUCAGCUAAUUAAAUCAAUUCCUGGGUGGCAGAGAGAGCACAGCAAUGAACAUGCUGCAUACAUGAAUUUCAUCAAAGAGUGCCAGAUGCCUUUAAAUGUAACUGAGUUUUGGGACUCUGUUGCUGAUCGGUUUCCACAUCUCUACAGCUUGGCAAAACGCUGCCUUACGAUUCCAACCAGCUCAGUGAAUGCAGAACGUGCGGCCUCCACAUAUGGACAAGUGGUCACGCCCCCCAGACAGAGGGCAUCAGCUGCAACUGCUGGCAGAUGCUGCGUGCUAGCGUUUGACAACUAAGAUAAAUUGUUUCUAUUCAGGUUAGCAUUCACUAGUAUUUUUAAAUUUUUUGUAGAACACUACAUUAAUACCAAAAAUAAAUUAUACAUUAAUUUAUAAUAAAUUAUAAUGGUAUUAAUUACAAUUCAUAUUUGAUAUAAAUUCAUAUUUAUAAUAUAUUUAAUUUUAGAUUUAAACUAAUAUAAAUUAUAUGAUAUAAUUUACUUUCUGUGGAAUUUGCUGUUAUAUGGUAUAUGCCUCUCUGUCAACCGGUGGCAAGGGGCAGCCGGGCUGCCAAGAAAUGCCAAUGGAAUCAGCUGGUCUGAACUGCAAAAAUUGCUUUGUGUCACUGUGAGUUAACUGGACUGUUUAACCAUAAUGAUGGGUGUUGGGGGAGUCCCCACCCUGUUGCAGAAGGGGAGGUACUCGUACAGUCCCUGCCACCUUCCCUGACCCAGUGAGGGGCCUCAGUCCCAAACCAUAACACCCUGCCCCCCUCCCCCCUGCUGGUGCCCCUCACUCAAUGGGCAAUGCAGGGAGCAGCGCAAUCAAUGGGAUAGGGAAGGGGCAGGGAGUGAAAAGCAGAACAGUGGAUGGGGCUCUAAGCAGAGCAGCCAGUGGGGCAUUAAGUGCAGUGCAGAGAAUGGAAAGCAGAGCAACUGAUGGGGCAGGGGAACAGGGCAAAGUGCAGAAAGCAGAACAGCAGAUUGAGGCAGGAGCAUAGGGCAGGGACCAAAAAGUAGAGCAGCUGAUGGGGCAGGGCACACAAGGGAGCUGUAAAACUGAGACCAUGGUGCCCACAUGCCUGUUUCUCUGCCAGGGUGGGGGUGAAGGCAUUGCCUGCUCCAGCCAUGGUCCCCACUGCAUUCAGAAAAUUCUGGCUUCCUGCAUUGCCCCUUUCCCACCACCAGGGGGUGCUGUCAGACUGGGAAUACCCCUAGGCACCAGGGUUUGGAGCAAAACCAGUAACACCCAAGGUUGGGUCCGCCUCCCUGGGCCAGGGGCACCUGCAGGGCAUGGCUAGAAAAUGCAUGGCAACUGUGUGUGGUAAUGUGUGUGCCUGUGCCGCCCUGCCCCCAUGUCCUGUCUUUGGACCUUUCCCAGUCCUCCGGCAUUUUCUGUCCCAAGCCGAGACAAGCAACUACCCAGGACCUUUGGGCACAGGGUAGAAAGGAGAGCAGCAGAUCAAGCAGGGAGCACAAAGCAGCCAGUGGGGGAGAGGGGCAUGAGGCACAGAGCAGAGGAGCAGAUCUGGCAGGGAGCGAAGAGCAGAGCAGACAAAAGGAAAGCACAGAGCAGGGAGCACAGCAGCCGAUAGGGUAGGGGGCACAGAGCAGGUGAGGUGAAAGCAGAGCAGCCGGUGGGGCAGGGAGCUGUGAAACAAGUUCAUGGUACCCGCAUGUCUCAGUUUUCUGGGGUGAACCUGUCAGCUCCCUACCGUCUAGCCAGGGUCCCUGCUGUGUGUCCAGACGAUCCAAGCGCCCUAUAUUGCCCCAUUCCCACCACCAGGGGGUGCUGCCUGGCUGGGAACACCCAGAGGCUGCAGAGAUGGCAGCAGAACCAGUGAUACCCAGUGUCUGGUCUGCCUCCCUGGGCUGGGGGUACCUGCCAGACAUGGCUAGAAACAUGUCACAUGGCAACCAUGUGUAGUAAUGUGUUCACAUGUGUGCUUGUACCCACCUGUGUGCCAUCUUCGGGCCUUUCCCAGUCCUUCAGCACUUCGCCUGUCUCGGCUUGGGACAGGCGACUACUCGGGGCUCUGAGAUCCCCCUGCUGGGGCCUUUGGGCAGGGAGCAGAAAGCAGAGCAGCCAGUGGGGCAGGGGGGCACUAGAUUUGUCCAAGCUGAUGGAGCUGAUGCUCUUUCAUUGUCAAAGCACCCAGCCCAUUGCCUUCCCAGCCUCUAUCCCAUGUAUUAGCUGGUUGCAGCUUAUUUCUUCCGUGAAGACUGCAGCCCAGUAGCUGCUGAGCGGGUACAUAGGCCUGUCCAGGCUCAGAGACAGCCACCCCCUCAUCUGGUUUCUCUCCAGUGGGGGCUGACUGACUGGGAAGCAGUUCUGCAGAAAAGGACAUGAGGGUUACUGUGGACAAUAAGCUGAAUGAGUCAGCGGUGUACCACAGUUGCCAUGAAGGCUAACAGCAUCCUGGGCUACAUUAGUAGGUGUGUUGCCAGCAGGUCAAGGGAAGUGAUUAUUCCCCUCUAUUCAGCACUGGUAAGGCUGCAUCUGGAGUACUGAGUUCAGUUUUGGGCCCCCCAUUACAAAAAGGAUGUGGACAAAUUGGAGAGAGUCCAGCAGAGGGUGACAAAAAUAGUUCAGGGUCUAGGGGGCAAGAUUUCUGAGGAAAGGCUGAGGGAACUGUGCUUAUUUAGUCUAGUGAAGAGGAGACUGAGAGGAGACUUAAUAGCAGUUUCACAGUAGCUAGGGUCAGGAGGGACCUGAACAGAUCAUCUAGCCUGACCCACUGCCACAGGCAGGAAUGAAUGCUGGGUUCACAAGACCCCAGACAGGUGAUCAUCCAACCUCCUCUUGAAUUUGCCCAAGGUAGGGGCGAGGACCACUUCCCUGGGAAGUUGAUUCCAGAUUUUGGCCACCCUAACUGUAAAAUAUUGCCUUCUGAUCUCUAACCUAAACCUGUUCUCCAUCAGCUUAUUACUAUUGUUCCUUGUCAGCCCAGGUGGUGCUGGGGAGAAAAGGGCUCUGCCUAUUUGCUGUUGUUCUCCCCUGAUGAGCUUGUAGGCAGCCACUAAGUCUCCCCUUAGCCUCCUCUUGCUGAGGCUGAACAGGUUCAGGUCCUUCAGUCUCUCCUCAUAGGGCCUGUCCUGCUGCCCUCUCACCAAGCGGGUGGCCUUCCUUUGAACCCUCUCCAGGCUGGCCACAUCCCUUUUGAAGUGCGGCGCCCAGUACUGGACGCAGUACUCCAACUGCGGCUUGACCAAAGUCGCAUAGAGGGGGAGUAUCACCUCUCUGGACCGGCUUGAGAUGCACCUUUGGAUGCAUGACAAGGUAUGGCUGGCCUUGCUGGCUGCGGUCUGGCAUUGGCGGCUCAUGUUCAUCUUGGAGUCAGUAAUGACUCCGAGAUCCCUUUCCGCCUCUGUGCUUUCAAGAAGGGAGCUCCCCAGCCUGUAUGUACGCUGUGGAUUCCUUCUCCGAAGGUGCAGCACCCUGCAUUUGUCUACGUUGAACCCUACCCUAUUCUCAUCUGCCCACUUUUGUAGUCUGUCUAAAUCUAGUUGCAGCCUCUCUCUCCCUUCAAGUGUGUCCACCUCGCCCACAUCUUAGUGUCAUCAGCAAAUUUGGACAGCGUGCUUUCCACCCCCUCGUCCAAGUCGCUGAUGAAGAUGUUAAACAGUGCGGGCCCCAGGACUGAGCCCUGGGAUACCCCACUGCUCACAUCUCGCCAGGUUGAGUACAACCCGUCCACCACUACUUUCUGGGUGUGCCCCAUCAGCCAAUUUUUUACCCAUCCAACUGUGCAGGCAUCAAUGCCACAGUCGCUUAAUUUAUUGAUGAGGAUGGGGUGAAAGACAGUGUCAAAGACCGCCUUAAAGUUUAGAAGCCUACGUCCACAGCCAUACAUCCGCAGGCCAUAUUUUGCCUGCCCCUGAGCUAGACUGUUCUCGGUGGUGGCAGAUGACAGAACAAGGAGCAACAGUUUCAAGUUGCAGCAAGGGAAGUUUAGGUAGAUAUUAGGAAGAAUUUUCUCACUAGGAGGGUAGUAAAACACUGGAACAAGUUACCCAGAGGUGGUGGAAGGUUCUUGGGGAUUUUCAAAACCGGCCUAGACAAAGCUUUGGCUAGGAUGAUCUAAUUGGGGCUGGUCCUGCUUUGAGGAGGGGGUUGGACUAGAUAUGACCUCCUGAGGUCCUUUCCAAGCCUAACUUUUUAUGAUUCUAUGAUCUCCAGAAGGGUGUAGCCCAAAGGCUAGAUCUGGCCUGCCAAGGCCCAGGCAUAGGGAGGGGAGGGGGUGUUAGGGUAGGCAUAGGCCAGCCAUCACACCCCAGGCUAAUUAGGCAACUCCAGGAAAGAGCAAUGGGCACUGAGUGUGACUCGGUUUACCUGUUCCAUUUGCAGAGAGAUCGUUGGCUCAGAGAAAUGAGCCAGUGGUCACAGGACAUGACUCAGUUUCCCUGCUCCUGGCUCCACUGACCGUGCUUUUUCAGACCCGUGGGUGAGAAUACAGACAUCUGAACCCAAAUUGUAUCCAACACCCCAUGCCAUGGCAAAGGAAUGAGAGCCUCAAGCCAUGAGGACAGAUUAGGGGGAACCAAGUUGGGUAGUGAGGAUGUCUUUGUCUCUGCUGGGUGACGCUGCUUUUGGAGCGUUGCCUGCCUAAUAUCCCAACACACCAGGGUCUAGCUCAGAGGAACUUGCUCCGGUAAAAUAAAACCCCCCAAAAGGGUGAUGACACCCUGAUGUCUCAGCAUCACGAGGCCCCCGCCCCCACCUUUCUUUCCCCCAAGGCAACACAGGACUUGGCCCAUUGCCUGUAGGAAAAUUCCAGCUUGGCCUCUGGCCCAGCUGGGUGGAAGCGUGACCUCUUUAAGCACAUGAAGGCAGCUGAUUUCUCGAGGGUGGGCUCAGAUGCAUGGAGGUUGGAAAGCAGCAGGCAGGGCUUACACCAGGGCUGGCAGGAGCUCAGGCUGUAUCUCCUGCUCCUUGUCAGGUCUGAGGGAGAGCGAGCUCCAUGUGACACAGAGCAGCGAUGGGAUCCUCCGGCAGCACCCUAAACGAUAAGGAGAUGGGAGACCCCUGUGCUUCCCCUGGUUCCAGGAAGGCGGGGGCUGUGAGAGGUGAGAGGCUUGGACAUCCUGCCCAUGUGGCAGAUCCUCAGGACAGCGGAAGAACAGGGCAAGCUGGAAGGAAGUAUGAGCCUCUCACAGAGAUGGAUGAGUACUGGGACCUGUCAUGGCCCCUCUGCUUCCACCCCUCCACCAAGGGCUCACAGAUCUGGCUGCAGCACCACGCUUCACGGCGAGUCGGGCCAGCACCUUCUGAGAUGGCAUUGUCUUCAGUGCGGCUGGGCAAGGAGGUAGUGUUGCUCAUGGAGCCCCACUGGGACAGGGGGCUUCAUGUGGGCUUCACCGCCCUCGACCCCUCUCAGAUGGUCUCUCAGGACCUGCCCCGCAUCACAUGCCCAUCCGUGGUACAGCAGGGGCAGAUGUGGGCUUCCCUCCAGGGGCCAGGUCUUCUUCAGCAUCAAUGAUAUGGGGAGGAACUCACUGCUGCUGCAAGGCAUCCCAGUAUGGUCCCUGCUCUGGGCCAUCGUCAGUAUCUACAGGCAGAUUGCAGCUGUCCAGUCAGAUGUGCUUAGAGGUCCCCUCCAACAGAAUCCAGUGAGGCUGGGCACGGCUGACCCACAAUAUCCUGGGCUUGGUGGAUGGGUGCUCUUGGGUAGGUGGGUACUGCUGUGACUGGAUGGCUAGAUCUUUUUGUGACCAGAUGGCUGGAAGUAUGGAUCAAUGGCUGCAUCCAUCCUCUUGGAGAUGGGUGGAUGGAGGGAGGGAGGGAGAGAGGGAUGGAUGGAUGGAUCUGUGGGUGGGUGAAUGACCAGAUGCCCGUGUGACUGGAGGGCUGGUUUUUCUUGUGAUUGGAUGGCUGGAAGCACAUUUCACAGGCUGGGCCAGUCUGUUGGGGAUACGUGGACAUGCAUUGUGAAGGGUGAAGGAAGAGUUGGAAGGAUGUGCUGUAUGGGAAGGCUGGCUGGGUAGGUGGCCAGCUAGCUGUUCCAUGUACCUGGCAACCCUUUAGCUCAGGGCAGGCAAAAUACAGCCCAUGGGCUGGAUUUGGCCCACCAGGCCAUUCUAUCUGGCCCACAGGGCCCCUACAAAUUUAGUAAAUUAAUAUUUAUUUGUUUGUGGCUGCCUGUCAAAGAUGACGAGUCGGCAGCAGUAGGACCCAUGGGGAACCGGCAGGACCGAGCAGCCCUGCCCUGCCUGACCCCCAGCCAUUUCCCUUCCCCCACCCUCCUCCAGCACCACAUGGCUCCUGGCUUUAUAUGGGACUGGAAAGCAUGGGCCACUCCGGUACCUGGGGGGGGGGGGGGGGGGGGGGGGGGGGGGGGGGGUGAGGAGGGACAGUAUGUGUGUGUGUGUGUGUUCAUAGGGUGAGUCCCACGUGCAUACCCCACCAUACACAUGCACCCCCCCCCACAGCCACCCACAAGCCCCAUACCCCCACACUUAUCUCCCCCCCCACCCCCACAAGCACACCUGUACCGACCCUCCCAUGCCCCCCACAAUAUACAAAAGUACAACUUCAUGUUAAGCUAUUAAAUACUACCCAAACACAUGUAAAGUAAAACAAAAUUAUUUUUUGAAAUUAAUUACUGAAUGUUGUAGAUGCUUGCUUUUUAGAACAUAAUUUGGUAUUUUUAUGGUUCUGAGGUGGCAAAACCUGUUGCUGAAAGGAGUACUUCCAGGGGCAAGGGUGGGACUUCUGUUCAUAAGAUGGCAACCAGGGCACUGAGCUCCUGUCAAGGGGCAGGGCUUCCCAUGCAGCCCUUGACAGCUUGCCAAAACUCGGUAAGUGGCCCUCCACCCGAAAUAAUUGCCCUUACCUGCUUUAGCCCCCCUCUGCUUUCAUGACAUGGGGCCUGAGGGAGAAACCUCCCCUCAGUCCCCCCCCUUCCCCAUUUUGCAGUGCCAUAGGGACCUAGGCCAGCAGGGCAGAGUCAGGGGCUGGUGUCAGAGGCUCACUGGCUAGGCCUGACUGAGCACAGGCAGCCUUCACCCUGCCAGGCCAGAAAGGCACCUUUCCAGAGUCGCUAGCAUGGGGAGGGGUUGGGGGGAGAACUUGGGCAACAUGAGGGCUGUACUGAUGGCUCCUGUCUCCCUCAGAGCCAGCAUGCAGGGAUCCCUGCCACUUGCCCAGGCCCUGUGCAGUGGAAUGGGCCAUCUACUAUACACAUAUGCUGUACCCCUGCAGCCACGCCGACUGCUGCCGCCGCUGCAUCCAGCAGGUCUUGGCUGCUGGCGCCUGGUGCCGUCUGCUGGCAGGAUAUUGAGGAUGUGGAAGUGUUUCAGCCCCAUGCUCUGAGGGCUCCCAUCAGCCUGGAGGGGAGGAAGAGGGACCAGGGGACCCCCCAAAGUGUUCAUAGGCAGUGGAGGUUGCAGGGACGUCAGCCUCGGUAUCUGCACUAACCUUAGGGAGAGCAAUGCCUGCUGGUACAGAGCCAGCCAGGGGCAGAGGGCACAUGGACAGAGUCUAGAGGCAGCUGCCAUCAGUCUACCCAUAAAAUGAAUUAUAUAUGCGUGAUAUAUUUUUAUAAUUAUUUACAAGCAUAUAAGAACAAUCAAUGCGUAAAUAGAUAUUGUAUUAUAAUUGUAUAUUCUGAAUGUUGUUAAUCAUCAUGUUAUUAUAAAGGUGGGAAUCUUGUAAAUAAUCUGCUGGCAUAUAUGUAUUACAUUCCAAUAUUAUAAAUCACUCAUUAUCAAGACACUAUAAAUAUGAUUAUGUAAAUACCAUGGAUAGAAUCAAUAUGAGAAGCUAGCUCUUUAAAUACUAUAAUAUCUAUGCAUUCUGAAUAUGUGUAUGUGAUAAAUAUGUAGAUUUUAUGUGUACAAACAUUAUAAAAGGAUAUUUUUAAAAUAGUAUAAUAUAUAUUUUUAGAAUGUAUUGCUAUGAUAAAUAUGGAAAUAUUGAAAUAUUGUGUGUAUAAAUAUUAUGAAAGUCUAUCCCUUUAAAUAUUAUAUAAAUAUUUUGAAUGUAUAGAUAUGAUCUGUAAAUAUUAUGUGUAGACAUUAUGAAAUGGUAGCCCUUUUAAAUAUUAGAGUACAUAAAUUAUUCAGAAUGUACAGAUAUGAGAAAUAUGCAUAUUAUGUGUGUAGACAUUAUGAAAGAAGUGCCCUUCAUAUAUUACUAGCAAAUUGCCUGUCAAAAAUGAUUGGGGGGGGUGCAGGUGGCGACGGGGCCCUGUGUCUGGCCCCGCACUCCCCUGCCAGUCUGCGUCCAGCCCUGCUCCAAGCUCCCCCCCCACUCCGCGUCCCCCUGCUUCUCCUUCUCUCAGAGGCAGAUUAAGGUAUGCUGGGGCCCUAGACAAGCACAAAAUUGGAGGCCCCCUCCCCCCAUGCAGCCUGGGCUGCAGGAGGGGAAGAAGGGCCCCUUCCUAGUGCUGGUGAGGGAGGCUGGGUGGACCUCUUCUCCCUGAUCCCCGCCCCUGCUACAGCCAAAUGUGUGCACACACACAGGCACAGAAUCUGCCGCUGGCCUCCUCACGUCCGGGAGUGGGGCCCCGCAUAGACUGAUUUGCCUCCUGCUUGGGUCAUCUCUGAAUCUAGCCCCCAAGACUCUGCCAGUGCUGCUGCCUGCAAAGGCACAGUGCUGCGCUCCUGGCCCGGCUGCACCGCUCCCACUCGCCCCAGCCCGCCAGGUGGGGUACGGCUCUGCCAGCCCAGCUUGGCCCCCUUCCCCUCCCCCUCAGAUGCGGCACAGCUCAGGCUGCUCCCCUCCCCCAGGCACAGUGCGGCUCUCCCAGCCCGACCCCAGCCCUGUUGGUGGAGGGGCCCCACUUCCAGCUCCCAGGGAAGCAAAUGUGAAAGCCACAGUUUUAAACCUAGCGCCAAAAAUGAGCUCUGAGUUUAAAACUGACUUUCACUUCCAUGAUGAUGAUCCCAAGGCUCCCCAAAUUGGUAGGGGCCCCUGGGCUUGUGCCCAGCUGGCCCCUGCUCCCCUCCCUGCCCACUGCCUCCCCCUCCCUGCUGGCUGUUUUGGGGGGCACCACCAGUAUGAUCCUCUCCUUUGGCCUCAAGCAGAGAGGUGGGGGAGCAAGCCCUGCUGCUCGGGUGGCUGGUGCUUGUUCCCUGUCCCCAAACUUCCCCAGCAGCAGCGCAUACUUGGGCCUGUGUAGCCCAGCUGCCCAACCAAUCGCCUCCCACUCUUGGUGGCACACGCGCAGUUGGGCUGGAGUGUUACGGACAGGCAGACUAACUACACCCUUUAUUAUAUUAGAUUUAAUAGAAAUAUUCUGAAUGUAUGCAGGUUAUAAAUAUGUAAAUACCACAUGUAUAAAUAUUAUGAAAAAUAACUAAACAUUAUAUGAAAAUUUUGAAUGUAUCGAUAAAUAUACAAAUAUUGUGUGUAUAAGCAUUAUGAAAGGCUAACUCUCUUUAACUAGUGUAAUGUAUGAGUAUUCAAACAGUAUAGAUGUGAUAAAUUUGUACAUAUUCUGUAUUUAAACACUAUGAAAGGUUAGCUCUUUGGAUAUUCCAUGGAAACCAAAUCCCUGAGCAGCCCUCUCUAGCCUAUGGUGCAUCUGGUGGGGGGCAGGUACAGGAGUGUAAAUAGCUGGAUGCUGGCAGGGCUGGCAUUUAAAGGGGAGCAGAGGGGGAAGUGUGUCUCAUGGAGUAGCAGUGGCCUCAUCUGUGGAUCCAAAAAGUUUUCCCUAGAAAAGCAGUUUUCUCUCCCUCUUGCUUGUGCCACAAAGCCCUGGUGGUAAUGAAAGGAAGAAGUGUCUGCAGGGCUGUGAAGUAGAAAAGAGGCAUGCCCAGGAGAGGCUGGCUGAUAGGACCCUGCUAUGCAUUCAAAUUAAACGUGGGUAGAAACCA